AUGCAAAAGUAUAUAUUUUUAAUUUAUAUAAAAUAGUCCAAAUAUAUAUUUAGAAAUGAAUUUAUUAUAAAAAAAAAUUAGGGAAAGAAUCUAAAAAUCUUCUUAAUAACAAAUUGUAAAACCUUUUUUCUAUUUUAAGGAUGAAUUUAGUAAUAUAGUAAUCAUAGUCUUGAAACCUGAUUAUGAAUAUGAAUUUAAUUUUUCAAUUUCGUAAUUUUCUUGUUUUAAUACCAUUAAACAAUUAACUGAAUGUGUGGCAGGAUAAUUUUAUAAUCAAACAAAUAAUUGUACAUUUAUUUAUCUAUAAAAGAUUUAAAUGAACCUUUUUAUUCAUGCUUAUUGGUAAGAUUAAAACUCAAAGAUUGGAUAGAGAUAUGA